AUGGCAGUCCCGGCAGCCCCGACUGCUGGUUUAGCCCCUGGGGCCGGCCUGGAGGAGGCAGGCGCUCUGGAGCUCGAAGAGGAGGAGGAAGAGGAGGAUGAGGAGGCGGCGGCGGCCAGGAGAGCGCGCAGUUUCGCCCGAGACGCGCGGGUGCGCUUCUUGGGCGGCCGCCUGGAGCAGCUGCUGGGCUUCCCCGAGCAGCAGUGGAGCCGGUAUCUGGAGAGCGAGGACCGCAGGCAGCUCCUGGGGGAGUUUCUGGAGAGCAGCGGCCCCGCCCGCCUGGUGUUCGGCGCCGCUGGCGAGGGGCUCACGGCCUCCCGGGAGAUUCCAAGAGAUACAAAAUGUAAACUUGUUUGUAUCUCCAAGAAAAUGACGGAAAGCAUUGGCGGAAAUGACUUCUCUCGAGUUGUUGUGUUUGGAGAGUUGCCUGUGUCACCUGUUGGACAUGUAACUGCUUUCAUCAGCGAGAUUCUAGCACCACUUCUUUCUAAUAAGAACAACCAUACAUCCUGGUCCUGUUUCACUUCACAAGACGUGGAGCGUCACAUAGAAGUCUUGAAAAGUAAGAUGUAUGUGAUUAAGGGCCAGAUGUCUGGAAGAACUCUUCUGCCCAUUCCCACUGCUGCGCGAGGGAUCGAACUGGAUCAGAACUACCCUGAGACCACGUUCCAAUCAAAUGAAAAAAAGAUCCUCCACGCCAUAGAAUCUGUGGUUAUUAAGUGGUCACAUCAAAUCCAAGAAAUUGUAGAGAGAGAUUCAGCGCAGCCCCUGCUGCGUGGUGUCCACCUGCUGCCCCAAGAGGAGCUGGAUUUCUGGACGAUGAGGAGACAGAACCUGUCAUGCAUUUAUGACCAACUAAGAGCUCCAGUUGUCCUCAAAAUGUAUAAGAUCCUGGAAACUACACGAAGCAGCUACUUCCCUACUUUGAGGGACAUUUGCACAACUGUGGAGAACGCCCUCCUCGAAGCCCAAGACGUGGAGAUUUAUCUGAGCCCUCUGAAGAGACACAUCCAGAGCCUGCAGGAGACGGAGUUGCCGCAGACCCACAGACUGAUCGCCCCGUUAUUUCACACCAUCCGUCUGAUCUGGAGUCACUCCAAGUUCUACAAUACCCCAGCUCGGGUGAUCGUUUUAUUGCAAGAGUUUUGUAAUCUCUUCAUUGACCAGGCCAGAGCUUACCUUUCACCGGAGGAGCUUCUAAGGGGAGAAGCUGAGGACUCGCUGGAGAAGGUACAGGUGGCCAUUCGCAUCUUGAAGACUUGCAAAAAUUCUUUUCUCAGCUGUAGAGAAGGAUUGGCAAGCUGUGUUCCUGGAAAGGAGGAGCUGAGACCCUGGGAUUUCCAGACUCACCUGGUGUUCUGCAGAUUUGACAAGUUCCUGGACCGUUUAAUGAAAGUAGAGGACGUAUUUGUGAGCAUGCUGGAAUUUGAAAAGCUGGAAAGAUUGGAAUUUGGUGGCUCCAAAGGAACAAUUCUAAAUGAACAGAUCCGCGAGAUGAGCGAAGAAUUUCUGGAGCUCUGUCAAGUCUUCAAGCGGAGCACUUACGACCCAUCUGAUUGCGAGAACAUGGAGUUUGAAAGUGACUAUGUUGCAUUUAAGUCCAAAACUCUAGAUUUUGACCGAAGGCUUGGGACAAUUCUUUGUGAAGCUUUCUUGAACUGCAAUGGUUUGGAAGCUGCGUUUAAGCUUUUGACUGUAUUUGGGAAUUUUCUAGAGAAGCCAGUUGUCAUGGAGAUUUUCAGUCCACAUUAUAGUACACUGGUGCACUUGUGUAAUACAGAGUUGGAUAUGUGUAAGCAAUUAUAUAAUGAACAUCUGAGAGAGAUCGAACACGGAUACGUAGUUCUUAACAAGAAUAUGCCAUUUACGUCAGGAAAUAUCAAAUGGGCCCACGAGGUCCUUGAACGACUUCAAAUGCUUUGGUCCAACUUUGCUUCUCUCCAUUAUCUAUUCCUGGACAAAUAUGAUGAUGCCUUAGUUUAUCAGAAGUAUGUUGAAAUGACUAAUUUGCUAGAACAAUUUGAAAAUGAUAUAUACAAGGAAUGGAAAAGUAAUGUGGAUGAAAUCUGUGAAUUCAAUUUGAAUCAACCCUUGGUCAAAUUCAGUGCCAUAAAUGGUCUUCUCAGUGUCAACUUUGACCCAAAGCUAGUGGCCGUACUGAGAGACGUGAAAUACCUUUUGAUGUUGCAGAAGGUAGACAUCCCAGAUGUAGCCUUGGCCAUCUUCAAAAGCAGAAACACAAUUUUAAAGUACAUUGGGAAUCUGGAGCUGCUGGCGCAAGGCUAUAAUAAGCUGAAGCAGACUCUUCUGGACGUUGAAUACCCGUUGAUUGAAGAAGAACUGAGGACCCUGGAAGAGCAGCUGAAGGCGGCGGCGACGUCCGUAACGUGGCGGGACGACUGCUGGGGCUACAUUGAGAGCGUGAAGACGGCCACCUUGGAGCUGGAGCGCAGAGCCCAGCGCACGCAGGACAACCUCAGGGCCAUCCAGCAGGUGAUGCAAGCUUGGGCCCAGGGCCCGCUGCUCCCCAGGAGAGAGCACAGGAGAGAGGCCGCCUUCGCCUGGGAGGACAGGGGCGACGUGUUCACCAGGAAGUACAAGACAAUCCAGGAGGACGGCAGCAAGAUUCACAGCUUGGUGGAGGAAAACAGGAAGCUAUUCCAAGCCGAUCCUUCCCUGGAUCCCUGGAAAAUUUAUGUGGAGUUCAUUGAUGACAUCGUGGUGGAAGGCUUUUACCAGGCAAUAAUGCAUGACUUGGACUUCUUCCUGAGGAACACAGAGAAGCAGUUGAAACCUGCACCGUUUUUUCAAGCACAAAUGAUGCUAAUUCCCCCUGAGAUUGUGUUUAAGCCUUCGUUAGAAAGAGAGGCCGGGGAUGGCUUCUAUGACUUGGUGGAAGAAAUGCUGUGUGGCAGUUUCCGAAUGUCUGCUCAGAUGAAGCGAGUAGCAGCACACCUGGAAAUAGCAAAUUAUCAGAGUGAUAUGGACAGCAUGUUAGGCCUGGCUGAGGCCCGGCAGGAGAUCAUGAACAGAGUGGCAGACGCCAUCAACAAAGUCUUGGAUUUCAGAAACACCCUGGAGACCUAUGCCUACCUCUGGGUGGAUGACCAAGCUGAGUUCAUGAAGCAUUUUCUCAUGUAUGGCCAAACUCUGUCACCUGAGGAAGUGGACACUCGUGGACACGAAGAAAUCCCUGAACAGCCGCCCACUCUGGAACAAUUCAAAGAGCAGAUUGACAUUUAUGAGGCUUUGUACGCUCAGAUGAGCAAGUUCGAUGACUUCAGAGUGUUUAACAGUUGGUUCAAGGUGGACCUGAAGCCUUUCAAAGCCAGCCUGCUAAACGUUAUUAAGAAAUGGAGCUGGAUGUUUCAGGAGCACCUGUUGAGAUUUGUCAUUGACAGUCUGAAUGAGCUGCAAGAAUUUAUAAAGGAGACAGAUACAGGACUUCAGAGAGAGCUAAGCGAAGGCGAUCACCAUGGUUUAGUGGACAUCCUGGGACACCUUUUGGCUGUGAGAAGCCGCCGGAGGGCUACUGAUGAGCUCUUUGAACCCCUGAAAGAAACCAUCGUACUCCUGGAGAGCUAUGGCCAGAGGAUGCCAGAGCAAGUCUAUACCCAGCUGGAGGAGUUGCCCGAACAAUGGGAAACCACCAAAAAGAUUGCCGCGACUGUCAGACAUGAAGUUUCACCUCUCCAAAAUGCAGAAGUCACUCUUCUAAGGAAGAAAUGCGUUUUGUUUGAUGGAAAGCAGCUGGAGUUCAGAGAGAGAUUCAAGUUUCUGGCCCCUCUUGGAUUUAAGGCAGAAAACCCAUAUGCAGUGCUGGAUAAGGUGAACGGCGAGCUGGAGGCUUUGGAAGCAGAACUGCUGCGGAUGCAAGAAUCCGCUCGCCUUUUCGAAGUGGCUCUCCCGGAGUACAAGCCAAUGAAGCGGUGUCGCAAGGAGAUACGGCUGCUCAAAGGGCUCUGGGACGUCAUUGUUUAUGUCAGAAGGAGCAUUGAUAAUUGGACUAAAACCCAGUGGAGACAGAUUAAUGUGGAACAGAUGGAGGUAGAACUCAGAAGGUUUGCCAAGGAAAUGUGGUCGCUAGACAAGGAAGUCCGUGAGUGGGAGGCUUACACAGGCCUGGAAGGCACCGUGAAGGACAUGAUGACCGCGCUGAGAGCUGUCACGGAGCUGCAGAGCCCUGCCCUCAGGGACAGGCACUGGCACCAGCUGAUGAGAGCCGUGGGGGUCCGGUUUGUGAUCCACGAAGGCACAACUCUGGCCGAUCUGUUGGCACUGCAGCUACACAGAGUGGAAGACGACGUCCGAAAGAUUGUGGACAAAGCCGUGAAAGAACUGGGCACCGAGAAGGUUAUUAAUGAAAUCAGUCAGACAUGGGCGACCAUGGAGUUUUCUUAUGAAGUUCAUUACCGAACAGGCGUCCCAUUGCUGAAGUCUGAUGAGCAACUUUUUGAAACUCUAGAACACAACCAAGUUCAGUUGCAAACUCUUCUUCAAAGCAAGUAUGUGGAAUAUUUCACGGAGCAAGUCUUAAGCUGGCAAAAUAAAUUAAACAUAGCAGACUCGGUCAUCUUUAUGUGGAUGGAAGUCCAGAGAACCUGGUCUCACCUGGAAAGCAUUUUCGUGUGUUCAGAAGACAUUCGAAUCCAGCUCGUGACAGAUGCCAGAAGAUUCGAUGGAGUAGACGCUGAAUUUAAGGAGUUAAUGUUCAAGACAGCCAGCAUAAAAAAUGUCUUAGAAGCAACAUGCAGACCCAAUCUCUAUGAAAAGCUCAAGGAUUUGCAGUACAGGCUUUCUCUUUGUGAAAAAGCUCUCGCUGAAUACCUGGAAACGAAGCGUAUGGCUUUUCCUCGCUUCUACUUCAUCUCUUCCGCCGAUUUACUUGACAUUCUUUCAAAGGGAGCUCAGCCUAAACAGGUAACCCGGCACCUUGCCAAGCUCUUCGACAGCAUCGCAGACCUGCGAUUUGAAGACAGCCUGGAAGUCUCUGCACACAGAGCGGUUGGAAUGUACAGCAAGGAGGAGGAAUACGUCCCGUUCCACGCCGAGUGUGCAUGUGUGGGCCACGUGGAGACCUGGCUUCUGCAGCUUGAACAGACCAUGCGAGCUACUGUGCGUCAUUCCGUCACUGGAGCCAUAGCAGCCUAUGAGGAGAAACAGGAACUAUGGAUUCUUGAUUUCCCGGCCCAAGUGGUGCUGACCAGCUCCCAGAUAUGGUGGACUACGGAUGUCGGAAUAGCCUUUGGUAGACUGGAGGAAGGCUAUGAAACAGCCCUAAAGGAUUUCCACAAAAAGCAGAUUUCCCAGCUGAAUUCUCUGAUUACACUGUUGCUGGGAGAACUCCCUCCUGGAGACCGACAGAAGAUCAUGACCCUGUGCACCAUAGACGUCCACGCCAGGGAUGUGGUGGCCAAACUCAUUUCCCAGAAGGUCGUCAGCCCCCAGGCUUUCGCAUGGCUGUCUCAGCUCCGUCAUCAGUGGGACGAGCCCCGCAGACACUGCUUUGUCGACAUCUGUGAUGCCCGGUUCCAGUACUUCUAUGAGUACUUGGGAAACGGCCCUCGGCUGGCGAUCACGCCUCUGACUGACAGGUGUUAUAUUACUUUAACUCAGUCGCUUCAUCUAAGUAUGAGCGGGGCUCCCGCCGGCCCAGCUGGCACAGGGAAGACGGAAACCACCAAAGAUCUCGGACGCGCCCUGGGCAUGAUGGUGUAUGUGUUCAACUGUUCAGAGCAAAUGGACUACAAGUCCAUAGGCAACAUCUAUAAGGGACUGGUGCAGACAGGAGCCUGGGGCUGUUUUGAUGAGUUCAACCGCAUCGCUGUGGAAGUUCUGUCCGUGGUGGCCGUACAGGUGAAAAUGAUUCACGAUGCCAUCAGGCACAAGAAGGAGAGAUUUGUGUUUCUUGGGGAAGCGAUCCCGCUGAAGCCAUCAGUUGGAAUAUUUAUUACUAUGAACCCCGGAUACGCUGGUCGAACAGAAUUACCGGAAAAUCUCAAAGCCCUUUUCAGACCCUGUGCUAUGGUGGCCCCUGACACGGAGCUGAUCUGUGAAAUCAUGUUGCUGGCUGAAGGGUUUGUGGAGGCACGCUCAUUAGCCCGGAAGUUCAUUACGUUGUACACACUCUGCAAGGAGCUCCUCUCCAAGCAGGACCACUACGACUGGGGACUGCGUGCCAUUAAAUCUGUCUUGGUUGUAGCCGGCUCCCUGAGACGCGCGGAUAAAAACAGGCCCGAAGAUCAGGUACUCAUGCGAGCAUUAAGGGACUUCAAUAUGCCUAAGAUAGUGACAGACGACAUCCCGGUGUUUCUGGGCCUGGUCAGUGACCUGUUUCCAGCCCUGGAUGUUUCCCGGAGGAGGAAACCACACCUGGAGCAGAAGAUCCGGCAGUCCACCCUGGAGCUCCGCCUGCAGCCCGAGGAGAGCUUCAUCCUCAAAGUUCUCCAGCUCGAGGAGCUGUUGACGGUGCGACACUCUGUCUUUGUGGUUGGAAACGCAGGCACAGGAAAGAGCAAGAUCCUGAGAACACUGAACCGCACGUACGUGAACUUGGAGCAGAAGCCCGUCUGGAAUGACUUAAACCCCAAAGCCGUGACAACCGAUGAACUCUUUGGUUUCAUCCAUCCGGCCACCCGGGAAUGGAAAGACGGUCUCUUCUCAUCCGUUCUCCGAGAACAAGCAAAUCUUAUGCACGAUGGACCUAAGUGGAUCGUCUUGGAUGGAGACAUUGACCCCAUGUGGAUUGAAUCCCUGAACACCGUCAUGGAUGAUAACAAGGUGCUGACCCUGGCCAGCAACGAGCGAGUGGCCCUCGCGCCAUCCAUGAGGCUUCUCUUUGAGAUCCACCACCUCCGGAUGGCGACCCCAGCAACCGUCUCCAGAGCUGGUAUCCUAUACGUGAACCCACAGGAUCUGGGGUGGAGUCCGUACGUGGCCAGUUGGAUAGACCAAAGACGACAUCGAUCCGAGAAGGCCAAUUUGAGUAUUCUGUUUGAUAAAUACGUUCCCGCGUGCCUGGAUAAGCUGAGAACAAGCUUUAAAACCGUCACCUCCAUUCCAGAGAAUAGCCUGGUGCAGACGAUCUGUGCUCUCUUGGAGUGUUUGUUGACUCCCGAAAACGUGCCUUCCGACAGCCCAAAAGAAGUGUAUGAAGUCUAUUUUGUCUUUGCUUGUAUCUGGGCAUUUGGGGGCGCGCUGCUUCGCGAUCAGCUUUCUGAUUACCAGGCCGACUUCAGUCGCUGGUGGCAUAAACAGAUGAAAGCCGUGAAGUUUCCAUCUCAAGGAACGAUCUUUGAUUAUUACCUGGACCACAAAACUAAGAAGUUCUUGCCGUGGGCUGACAGGAUCCCACAGUUCACCAUGGAUCCAGACGUACCGCUUCAGGUGGUCCUGGUUCCCACAGCAGAGACAACUCGUCUUAGGUAUUUGGCUGAGCUGCUGCUCAAGAGGGGAAAACCACUCAUGCUGGUAGGAAAUGCAGGAGUGGGAAAGACAGCCUUUGUGGGCGACACGCUGGCGGGUCUCUCGGAGGACUACUUCGUGUCCCGCGUGCCCCUCAACUACUACACGACGUCCGCGACUCUGCAAAGAAUUCUGGAGAAACCCCUGGAGAAAAAAGCUGGCCGUACCUAUGGUCCAGGAGGAAAUAAAAAAUUGAUUUAUUUUAUUGAUGACAUGAACAUGCCUGAAGUGGACGCCUAUGGCACGGUUCAGCCUCACGCACUGCUCCGACAGCAUAUGGAUUAUGGACACUGGUACGAUAGGCAGAAGGUGAUGCUUAAGGAAAUCCGUGGCUGCCAGUACGUGGCCUGCAUGAAUCCACUGGCGGGCAACUUCACGGUCAACCCCAGGCUGCAGAGACACUUCACAGUGUUUGCGUUUAACUUCCCAUCCGUGGAUGCGCUCAACACCAUCUAUGGGCAGAUCCUGAGUUUCCACUUCCAGCAGCAAACAUUCGACCCAUCAGUUCUCAGGAGUGGCCCCUCCUUGAUCCAGGCGACAGUAGCCUUCCAUCAGAUGAUGGCGCAUAGCUUCUUACCCACAGCAGUUAAAUUCCACUACAUCUUUAACCUGAGAGACCUAACCAACGUCUUCCAGGGGAUUUUAUUUGCCUCUCCUGAAUGUUUGAAAGGUCCAGAUGAUUUAACUCACCUGUGGCUUCACGAAGCUUCCCGCGUGUACGGGGAUAAACUGAUAGACACAAAGGAUUGUGACUUAUUUCACAAAAGGCUGUUGGAAACUGCUUACAAAUAUUUUGAAGGUGUAGACAGUCAGGCGCUGCUUCAACAGCCCCUCAUCUACUGCCACUUCGCUCACGGGGGAGCAGACCCGUGCUACAUGCCGGUGAGGAGCUGGGAGGUGCUGAAGGCGAUUCUUACGGAAAUGCUGGACAACUACAACGAACUCAAUGCAGCCAUGCACCUGGUGCUGUUUGAAGAUGCCAUGCACCACGUGUGCCGCCUCAGCCGCAUCCUGCGGGCCCCUCAGGGUUACGCCCUGUUGAUCGGAGUCGGGGGCAGUGGCAAGCAGAGCCUGUCCAGGCUGGCGGCGCACAUCUGCAGCCUGCAGGUCUUCCAGAUCACCGUGACCGAAGGCUACGGACCCCAAGAGCUGCGGGUAGAUCUUGCCAAUUUGUACGUCAGGACCGGCGCCAAGAACCUGCCCACUCUGUUCCUGCUGACAGAUGCCCACGUUCUAGACGAGAGCUUCCUGGUGCUGAUUAAUGACUUGUUGGCGUCAGGAGAAAUUCCAGAUCUGUUCAGUGAUGAAGACGUGGACAAGAUAAUUUCUGGAAUUCGUAACGAAGUUCGUGGUCUGGGCAUGGUGGAUUCCAGAGAAAACUGCUGGAGGUUCUUUAUGGCCAGGGUACAACUGCAGCUCAAAAUGACUCUCUGCUUCUCUCCCGUGGGUCACACGCUGCGCACCAGAGCGCGCAAGUUCCCGGCCAUCGUGAACUGCACGGCGAUCGACUGGUUUCACGCGUGGCCGCAGGAAGCACUGGUGUCCGUCAGCAGGACAUUCGUUGAGGAGAUUGACGGGAUUGAGCCGCUGCACAGAGAAUCCAUCAGCCUCUUCAUGGCAUAUGUCCACACCAGCGUCAACGCAAUGAGUGCCAGGUACUACCAGAAUGAGAGAAGACACAACUACACCACCCCCAAGAGUUUUCUAGAGCAGAUAUCACUAUUUAAGAACCUGUUGAAGAAGAAACAGGAAGAAGUAGCCCACAAGAAGGAGCACCUGGUCAAUGGCAUCCAGAAGCUACAAACUACAGCCUCCCAGGUGGAAGACCUGAAAGGCAGGCUCGCGUCUCAAGAAGCCGAGCUGCAGCUGAGAAACCAAGAUGCCGAGGCCCUCAUCGCCAAGAUCGGGCUUCAGACGGAGAAAGUGAGCCGGGAAAAGGCCACCGCCGACGCCGAGCAGCGAAAGGUGGCAGCCAUUCAGGCCGAAGUGUCACAGAAACAGAGAGAAUGUGAGGCGGACUUACUCAAGGCUGAGCCUGCGCUGGUGGCCGCCACAGCCGCGCUCAACACACUCAACAGGAUCAACCUAACUGAGCUGAAAGCCUUUCCCAAUCCCCCAAACGCCGUCACCAACGUCACUGCGGCUGUGAUGGUUCUUCUGGCACCCCGGGGCCGAGUGCCAAAGGACCGAAGCUGGAAAGCAGCAAAAGUCUUCAUGGGAAAGGUUGAUGAUUUCUUGCAAGCGUUAAUUAACUACGACAAAGAGCACAUUCCGGACAACUGUCUCCAAGUGGUCAAGGAACAGUAUUUGAAAGACCCCGAGUUCAAUCCAAACUUGAUUCGGACCAAAUCCUUUGCAGCAGCUGGUCUGUGCGCCUGGGUCAUCAACAUUGUGAAAUUCUACGAGGUCUACUGUGAUGUGGAACCCAAACGCCAAGCCUUAGCCCAGACGAACUUGGAGUUGGCCACAGCCACGGAGAAACUGGAGACUAUCAGGAAAAAGCUGGUGGAUCUGGAUCGCCAUCUGAGCAGACUCACUGCUUCCUUUGAAAAGGCCAUAGCUGAGAAGAUCCGCAGUCAAGAGGAGGUGAACCGAACCAACACGACCAUUGCCCUGGCGAACAGGCUCGUCACGGAGCUGGAGUCAGAGAAGACUCGCUGGGGUCAGUCCAUCCGCUCGUUUGAAGCUCAGGAGAAGACGCUGUGUGGCGACGUCCUGCUCGCGGCUGCCUUUGUGUCUUACGCGGGACCCUUCACCAGACCGUACCGCCGGGACCUGGUGGCCUGCCAGUGGGUCCCCUUUCUCCUCCACAAGACUUCCAUCCCAAUAACCAAAGGCCUGGACGUGAUUGCCAUGUUGACAGAUGACGCCACAGUUGCCGCCUGGAAUAACGAAGGGCUGCCCAGUGACAGAAUGUCCACGGAAAAUGCCACCAUCCUCACCCACUGCGAGCGCUGGCCCCUGAUGAUAGACCCCCAGCAGCAGGGGAUCAAGUGGAUCAAGAGUCACUACGGCACUAACCUGAAAGUGACACAUGUGGGCCAGAAGGGGUUUCUGAAUGCCAUUGAAGCUGCAUUGGCCUUCGGUGAUGUCGUCUUAAUUGAAAACCUUGAAGAAACUGUAGAUCCUGUGCUGAAUCCAUUGCUUGGCAGGAACACGAUUAAAAAAGGAACGUGCAUCAAGAUUGGAGAUAAAGAAUGUGAGUUCAACAAGCACUUCCGCCUCAUCCUUCACACAAAACUGGCGAAUCCUCACUACAAGCCAGAACUGCAAGCUCAGACAACCCUCCUCAACUUCACGGUCACGGAGGACGGCCUCGAGGCCCAGCUGCUGGCCGAGGUGGUCAGUAUGGAGAGGCCAGAUCUGGAGACGCUCAAGCUGACUUUGACGAAGCACCAGAACGACUUCAAGAUCGAGCUAAAACGCCUGGAGGACGAUCUCCUGCUGCGCCUGUCCGCAGCACAGGGCUGCUUCCUGGAUGACAGCCAGCUGGUGGAGAGGCUCGAGGCGACCAAGGCCACCGCGGCCGAGAUAGAGCUCAAGGUGACUGAAGCCAAGGAGAACGAGAGAAAAAUCAACGAGGCUCGGGAGUGGUACAGACCAGUGGCUGCGAGAGCGUCUCUUCUCUACUUUGUUAUUAAUGACCUCAGAAAAAUCAAUCCCAUCUAUCAGUUCUCUUUGAAGGCUUUCAGCGCGCUGUUCCACCGAGCCAUGGAGCAGGCGGACAAGGUGGAGGACUCGCAGGGCCGCAUCUCCGCGCUUGUGGAGAGCAUCACACACUCCCUCUUCGUCUACACCAGCCAGGCGCUGUUCGAGGAGGACAAGCUCACCUUCCAGGCCCAGGUGGCUUUCCAGAUUCUGUUGAGAAGGAAGGAGAUAGACCCCGCUGAGCUGGAUGUCCUGCUUGGAUUCUCGGUGGAGCACACGUACCCGAGUCCCGUCGACUUCCUGACCGCUCAGGCCUGGAGUGCUAUUAAGGCGAUAGCCCUUCUGGAAGAAUUCCGAGGCCUAGACCGAGAUCUGGAAGGAUCUACCAAACAGUGGAGGAAGUGGGUGGAAUCGGAAUGCCCGGAAAAAGAAAAGUUACCGCAAGAAUGGAAGAAGAAAAGUUUAAUACAGAAGCUGAUUAUUUUGAGAGCCUUGCGCCCUGACCGGAUGACAUACGCUCUCAGAAAUUUUGUGGAGGAGAAACUGGGGGCCAAGUACGUGAAGAGGACCAGACUGGACUUAGGGAAAGCACUGGAAGACAGCAACCCAGCCACCCCAGUGUUCUUCAUCCUGUCUCCCGGGGUGGAUGCUCUUAAAGACCUCGAAGUGCUUGGGAAGAGACUCGGCUUCACGAUCGACUCGGGAAAACUGCACAAUGUGUCUCUAGGACAAGGCCAGGAGAUGGUGGCCGAAAGGGCGCUGGAGAAGGCGUCCCAAGCUGGACACUGGGUCAUCCUCCAAAAUGUCCAUCUGGUAAUCAAGUGGCUGGGAACCUUGGAGAAACUCCUUGACCGGCUCAGCCAAGGAAGCCACAGAGAUUACAGGGUUUUCAUGAGCGCAGAGUCGGCGCCCACCCCAGAUGAGCACAUCAUCCCCCAGGGACUCCUGGAGAACUCCAUCAAGAUCACCAAUGAGCCUCCCACAGGAAUGCGAGCCAAUUUGCAUGCUGCCCUGUACAACUUUGACCAGGAUACACUCGAGAUGUGCUCCAAAGACCAGGAGUUUAAAAGCAUCCUCUUUUCGCUGUGCUACUUCCACGCCUGCGUGGCUGGGAGGCUGAGGUUCGGCCCCCAGGGCUGGAGCCGAAGCUAUCCAUUCAAUUCCGGAGACCUCACCAUUUGUGCCAGUAUCCUCUACAACUACUUAGAGGCAAACCCGAAAGUCCCGUGGGAAGACCUCCGCUACCUCUUUGGUGAGAUCAUGUAUGGCGGUCACAUCACAGACACCUGGGAUCGCAGGCUGUGCCGGGUGUACUUAGAAGAAUUCAUGAAUCCCGCUCUGAUUGAAGAUGAAUUGAUGCUGGCACCAGGAUUCGCAGCCCCACCCUGCCUAGACUAUGCAGGCUACCACCAGUACGUAGAGGAGAUGCUGCCUCCGGAAAGCCCGGUGCUGUACGGCCUCCACCCAAACGCUGAAAUGGAACUCCUGACGGUGACAUCCAACACCCUCUUCAGAACCUUGCGGGAGCUGCAGCCCAGGAACGCACUGAGCACUGAGGAACUGGGGCAGUCUGCAGAGGAAAAGGUUAAGAAUGUCUUGGACGACAUUUUGGAGAAACUUCCAGAAGAGUUCAACAUGGCCGAGAUCACGCAGAAGACCUCUAACAGAGGCCCCUAUGUACUUGUCUGCUUCCAAGAAUGUGAAAGGAUGAAUAUUCUCAUCCGGGAAAUCCGCCUAUCACUUCAACAAUUAGACCUGGGGUUGAAGGGGGAGCUGACGCUGUCUCCUGACAUGGAAGCCCUUUUGUCUGCACUGAGUUAUGACCUUGUCCCAAGCACCUGGAGCAAGCUGGCUUAUCCAUCUACUUACGGCCUGGCCCAGUGGUUUAACGAUCUUCUCCUGCGAUGCCGAGAGCUCGAUACCUGGACCCAGGACCUCGUGCUUCCAGCUGUGGUGUGGCUGUCUGGCUUCUUCAACCCUCAGUCCUUCCUCACUGCAAUCAUGCAGACGAUGGCUCGGAAGAAUGAGUGGCCACUGGAUAAAAUGUGCCUGACGGUGGAUGUAACCAAGAAGACAAGGGACGAUUACGGCCAUCCCCCGAGGGAAGGCGCGUACCUCCACGGGCUCCGCAUGGAAGGAGCCAGGUGGGACACCCAGGCAGGAGCCAUCGUGGAAGCCCACCUCAGGGAGCUGACGGCCGCCAUGCCAGUCAUCUUUGCCAAGGCCAUACCCGUGGACAGGCAGGACACCAAGCACACCUACGAGUGCCCCGUGUACAGAACCAACGCGCGAGGCCCCACCUACGUCUGGACCUUCAGGCUGAAGAGCAAAGGGAAGACGGCGCGAUGGGUCCUGGCCGGCGUGGCCCUGCUGCUGGAGGCCUGA